ACUUGCUCUUCGGAUGCUCGAGACGAGCUUAAAGCUGCACGUUCCUCGUAUUUAUCCGCACGUUAAAGUUUCUGUUAUUGAUUCUUUAUGAGGAUUUAGCGCAAAUGUGGCUACAAACUUACAAUUUGACAAGAAAAACGAGUCCACGGUGUUAAAGGAUGUGACUUAGUUGCAUCUGUUCUGUGUUGGCCUCUUAUCAAGUCAGUCAGCAGAAAGAGGAGCUUUGCAGUCAUCAGCUGGUGUGUGGAAAAAGUCCUUCCAAUGUCUUUAGUAGAUGAUAUCCUGGACGUGCUGCGCAUGGUCCUGGAGUACUUUGGAGUGCCUCCAGACAUGCUUGUUCCAGUGUGGGACAGUCAGUUGUGCGGUCAGUACCGCAGCAUUGUGCGGAUGAUUGGGACCAACCUCCCUCUGGCUCCUACACCACGUGUCCACUUUCAGGUCCCUCUACUCACCUAUAGGCCCCAUGUUUAUGUCGACGUCACCGCGGAUACGCCUGCCAUCCCCUCAUUUGCUGACGUCCUGUGGGUGUUUGAGGAUGAGGGCGAGAGCUUUGCCAAGACCAGGAACCACCUGCCCCCGAAGAAGCAAAGUACUGUAAACCGGGAUAUGCUGAGAUACCCUCGAGCGACCCUGAAUCAAGCUCCGAAAGGAGGAAGACCUGUAAAGCAAGCAACUGAUCCGGAAGCCCUGAAGAAGAUCACAGUGCUGGAAAGCGAGCUGCUCAAACUGCGAGCUCAGAUAGCCAUGAUUGUUACUGCCGCCCCAGCCUCAGGUCUGACCGAGGCCCAGAAUGCACCAGGCUCGCCUUUGAUGUCUCCUCCAGCUCACACCUCCACGCCACGCUGUGCUGCUCCCCCACCUCCACCACCCCCACCUCCACCUCCCCCCUGCUCCAGCUCCGCCCCUGAGACUUCGUCCAUAUUAGAGCUGAUACGCCAGCGCAGGAAGAAUGGGAAAGAUCUUGAUGAGGGGCAGCUCAAACCCCAGGACUCUAAAGGAAUCCCAUCGAUGCUGGAUGUUCUUAAGGACUUAAAUCAAGUUAAAUUGCGUUCAGUUGAGAGAUCACCAGGAGGCACACCAAUCAGACGGAGACGCAGUAAAGGAGGUGCAGCAUUGCUUAGCGACCCAGCUGCUCUUAUUGCUGAAGCACUAAAGCGAAAGUUUGCACAGCAUCGCCAUAACAAUUCCUCUGACAAAGAGAAUUCUCUAGAUCUGUCACCAUUCGGCAGUCCAGAAACACCUAAGGUUCCUCUUCAUUUCAGACGCAGUCAGGGUCGCCUACACCUCUGAUCCUCUUUAAUAGUAACUUUUGACCCCCAAAAUGUCAAAAGUCAGACGUCCCUUUCACGUCCCAAUUGCAGCUUCCUCAGAUGUGCCUCACAAACAGAUUACUACUGCAGCUACUGACCUACAUUUCUGUCCUUUUUUUUGUUCUUGUAAGAGUGUUGUCUCACAGUGAAUAGUGUGCUUGUUUUCUCUUUGUUGGGAAGCUUGAAUGUAUAUUUUUGUUACAGCAAUGAACAAGAGUUUUGGUACAGUUGUUUUGUUUUUGUACAGUGGAGUCUUAUGUUUCCAGUCUUAUUCAUACAGU